AUGUGCUCUGCAGCCCUCUCUGCCUGUAUCAGCCCUCAGCAUGAAGUGUGUGCAAACUUCUGCAGAGUUUCUACCCCAGCUGUGAGGUCAGCAUGGCUCCUGCCAUCAGCCUGCAGCACUUCUCUCCAUCUAAGAGAUAGUGCCCACCUUCGCCAUCAUGCUGGCAUGACCAUGCUGCCUGUGGUGACUGAACAGAGCCAGAUCUGCACUUUGAUGCACUCCUAUUCAGGGGUUCCCAAGUGGGUUCCCACAGGAAGUACUGACAGAAAGGCAGAUGUUCACUGGGAGUUCACUGUGACCAUCACUGAACAGAAUAACACACUCUCCUCCCUGUCUAUGAUAGCCCAGUGCAAUGAAAUUUUAGACCCCAAACACAUAGCCCCUUUACACUGUCUGCUGGCCUUGUCCCAUUCACAUCCCUUCAGGACACCUUCCUACAAGGAGAGCAGCAAGGUCUAUUACUAUGACCACAAAAGCCUGGGCACUCUAAUAGCUGAAGAACUUGGGCAGUGCCUGCAGACCAAUGGCAAUGGGAGUCAGGUCUCUGGCCCACAACCAGAAAUGGUAAAGAUGCUAAGGGAUAUUCAGUCAAUGAAUGUCCAACCACCACUCUCAACCUCUGCCAUCUACUAUUCCACAUCUGCUCAAGCCAAGGCAGACACCAGUCUUCAACUCCCUCAUAGACCUGGACCAACUCCAAGAUCCCACAGUAAUCAAACCAAAACAGUCAUCAGGUGGAAUCAAGCCCAGGCAAGUGCCAGUGUCAUUAGUGGGCACUCUGAUCAAGUGAGCAAGAAUGACCACAAAGUCUCUGAGCUCCUUUAUGGAAUUCCUCUAGCCAAAAGAGAUUAA